ACCAAGAGCAGUGUUAUUCGUAGUAGCCGCAUACGUAUGGCACAAUGCAUUCAUUUGGAAAACAUAAAACUUGUACUAAACUUACCAUUUUAAAUUCUGCGCAUGUAAGUACAUAGAGGAAGAUAACCGCUUUUAGCGACACCGAUGUCCACAAUCGGUGCAUCAUGACUGAUAGGAAGGCUAACGUUACUUACUUUGUAAGAAGAUUAAUCCAGUUUCGCGCUGGUGUGAUGCCUAUAUAUUUAGCUUGUUAUCAAAAUACAUACAGUAGCUCGUGCCAAAGAGAUAAUGCACUUUCAAUGGAGUAUCAACUUCCUGGUAUGAUCAUAUUAUGAUAUAUCUUCCCUAUCAGAUGUUCUUGGGUGGAAUAAAUACGGAAUCAGUUGGCAAGCAACCCAGUACAACAGUCUCGAAGUACAUUUGUUUACAUAUUGAAAUGGCGUUUCAUAUCUAAUUGAUUGAUGCCAGGUUUAAACUGUGUCCCAUGAAAUAGGUGGAACUGUUUGUAUGUUUCUAAUUUAUGGGGGCAGAAUAGGCGGUUGCACUUCUUUUUUGUGAUUGGUUUUUCAGCCGUGCCCUUCUUUAAAUCGACGGCGGAAGGAUUAUCGAGACAUUAAACGGGUCAUGACAAGGGCUCGCCCAGCAAAUCAACUAUCUUAUUCCCCGAAUCUUUUGAAAACCACCUGUUGAUUGUACAAGCCCGUGUUGUGUUUGUAGCAAGCUUGUGUUGUAACUAGCAAGACAGAGGGCAUGUAUGGUUUACGUCCAAAGGCUGAACUCUGCCUUGAGUCACUAUCAGGAUAGGCACCGCUCUGAAGCCACAUCAGCACCACAGGGUGAAGAGGAGACACACACAGAGACCCCAGCCCCCUGGCUGUCUGACCAGAGUAUAAUGGCUCCCCUCCUAUCAGAGUAUGACCUGCACAUGGAUGACAUGACUGUGGUUUGCAGAGCUACCAGAUGCAGAUGACUGCCAUCAGACUGAAGCUGGACACGGUGGUCAAGGAGAAUGAACGGCUGCAUGCCGAGCUGAGGGAGUCCGUAGAGAGGCAGCUGCAGACCCUCCCAGUCAGUACGGGACCAGGGGUGGAGGGGGACACACUGGGGGACGAGGGGCUCAUCAGCAACCUUCACCAACAGAUCCAGCUCUCUGUACAGGAGCGAGACCAGGCCAUGGAGCUGUGGCAGGCCUCAGCCCAGGAGCUGGACCGUUUACAGCAGCUCUACCAGAUAACCACCUCUGACGGACAGCUCCAUGUUGCCGAGCAACAGCGCCUCAAGGAUCAACUGAUACAAUUCCAGCAGCACAUCCAGAAACUCCAAGUCACCAAUCAGAAACUGGAAUCUACCAACCAGCAGUUCCUGAAGACGCUGACAGAACAGAGCACGGAGAUGGAGGAGCUACGCAACCAGCUCAGAUCGGCCAAAGCAGAUCUGAGGAUGGCCACAGCCAAGGUGGAGGAGAUGACCAAGCUGAUGCAGAACGUCCAGGACCAGAUGCAGAGACGGGAGGACGACGCAGCAGAGGCUCAUGGUAGAGAGGAGGCCUCAGAUCGAAGACUCCACCAUCUCCAGUCAGCCCUCAGUCAGCUAGAGGCCAGGUUGAAGGCAGCCACCCAGGAGGCAGAGGGUGUACGCAGGGAGCAGGUGGUGUGGGAGAGGCAGGUGGGGGAGCUGCAGGUCCGCUGUGCCUCUCUGGAGGAGGAGCGCUACGAGGCCUUCUCCAAGGUCAGAGACUCCAUCCAGCUGGCUGAGGAGGCCUCUCUACAGAAGGACCAGGCCCUGUUGAGAGAGAAACAGAAAUCUGAGGAGCUGGACAGGAUGAAUGAAGCUGUCAGACAACUGAUCCAGGAUGCUGCCAUACGCACCAGGAAAGAGGUAGAGAAUGUACGUAAACAGUGCAACUCACAGAUCCAUCGGAUGGCUGAGGAGUUGUCGGCUCUACAACUGGAGUGUGCAGAUAAAGAGUCUCAGAUGGAGAGGUCCAUGAGAGAGAUGAGGGCAGUGGAGGAGGAACUGGAGAAGGUGUAUAAGGAGGGUAGAGGAGAGCCAGAGUACAGGAAGAUGGAGGUUCUCCACCAGAGGUCUCUGAAUGCUGAGAGACUGAAGGACGACAUGAACAUCACCCUGCAGAGCACACACAACAAGAUGAAGAAACUGGAGAUGGACUACAGUGAGGAGUUGUCCCGGUGCCAGGAGGAGGUGCGGCGGCUGCAGGGGUCUCUGUCUGCAGCCAGGGAGGACUGCAGCGGGGUCAGCGAGGAGCGGCUCCAGCUGCAGCAGGAGAACAUGCAGCUCCGCAGGGAGAUGGAGGAGCUACGCAAGGCUAGCAUGAUGACCCAGAGGAGAGCUAAGCAGCAGGUUUCCCAGAUGGAGCAGGAGUAUUCCCUAAAGGAGCAGGGUCUGGAAGCCCGGGUCAGGGAGCUGGAGGAAAGCAGUAGGAGCUCCAGUGCUGACCUGACCCGCCUCCUCUCUGCCCAGCAGAAGACCAGCCAGCGCUGGAAGGAGGAGGCCAAGACCCUCACCCUGACCUUCCAGACCAAACUCACCAGCCUCAAGGGUGAGCUGAGUCGACAGAAGCAACGUUGUCAGGAACUGGAGAUCCAGCUGGUGACUGACCACGAGACCAUAGUAGAGUACGAGAGGCAGAUGGCAGAGUAUCAGGAGAAGAACAGUCGUCUCCAGAGGCGUUUGACUCAGGCAGAACAGAAGGCAACUACAGCAUCACAACAGCUGAGUAUAAUGACGUCACAGAGGAGGAAAACAUCGUCCAUGGCAGACCUGGAGUCUCUAUAGCGGUGUGCAGGGAUGUGCCAUGUAAUAAUACAAAAUAUAACAUUUCACUAGCUGUUGGGCUAAUUGGCUACAUUUUCUACUAGCCAGUCUGAAGUGUACUAGCAUCGGGCUAGCUUAAUUUCCAUCCCUGACUGUGUGCAUUGCCAACCAUUUCUACAGAAAUGCCAAUGUCUGUUAUGGAUUUAUACCACUGUGAUGUCUGUUAUUAAAAUAUAUUUAAAUUCUC